AUGAAAAGAAACAGAAAAGUUGAAAGCAGCCGCGGGAUAACUGUUAGGGCGCGGACUUGUUCUUUGCUGUACAGCAGGCCCUCGGGAUCCGAUCCCAGGGGAUCGGGAUCGAUCGAUCCCAACCCCACAAAACGGGGAUCGGGAUCGAUCGAUCCCAACCCCACAAAACGGGGAUCAGGAUCGAUCGAUCCCAACCCCACAAAGUCGGGAUCGAGCGAUCCCACGGGAUCGGGAUCGAGCGAUCCCGAUCCCACGGGAUCGGGAUCGGGAUCGGGAUCGGACGAUCCCAAGGAAGAAAAUGACUUUUACAUGCUGAAUCUCAUUGACACCCCAGGUUGCUAA